AAAAUAUGGCGGCGCCCUGCGCGGCUUCUCGUCACCGGAAUCGUGGGGCCCGCCCGGCCUUGCCAGUACUACGGGACUUCCCCCAAGCGCCGCUGUCUGCCCAGCUUGCAUUUAAAUCAGAGCCCGAGGCUGCAGGAUGCUGCUGCGGAUGCGGAGCUGUCCGCGGGCUGGGCAACGCCGCCGCCUGGACUGAGCCGCCUCGGCCCGACAGGAGCGGAGCUUGAAGCAUCCCUUAGCUGCACGCUGAGCAGAGCAAGCGAGGACAGCUUGCGGGGAGAUCAGGACCCCGGCAUCUGGUAGUUUCAUUGCAGGUUCGACUUUAAUUUCCAAGAUCGCCCCCCCCCCCCCCCCCCAGCGCAGAUCAUUUUUUCCUCUCUCCGGCCUGGGCUGCUGAUGCGGCAGGGGCUGGACUUGGGUCCCAGGGGCAGGGAGAGAGUGCGCGCCCAGCUCCCGAGCCGCGCGCCCAGGCCAUGGUGCGGCUGAGCCCCGCGCUCCGGUGAGGCGGCGGUGCGGCUCGGAGCCCGGUGGGCCGGACCUUCCCGAGGCGCCUUCCUCGCGGCUGAGCGCAGGCGGCAAGCGGCGGCCACGAUGUUCAGCUGGCUGAGUAACGAUGACCGCCGGAGGAAGGACCCCGAGGUCUUCCAGACGGUGAGCGAGGGUCUCAAGAAACUCUACAAGACCAAGCUGUUGCCUCUGGAAGAGCAUUACCGCUUCCACGAGUUUCACUCGCCCGCCCUGGAGGAUGCCGAUUUUGACAACAAGCCCAUGGUCCUGCUGGUGGGCCAGUACUCCACUGGGAAGACCACCUUCAUCAGGUACCUGCUGGAGCAGGAUUUCCCAGGCAUGAGGAUUGGGCCCGAGCCUACCACAGACUCCUUUAUCGCAGUGAUGCAAGGAGACACCGAGGGGAUCAUCCCGGGGAAUGCCCUGGUGGUGGAUCCUAAGAAACCUUUCAGGAAACUCAAUGUCUUUGGCAAUGCCUUCCUGAACAGGUUCGUGUGUGCCCAGCUACCUAACCCCGUGUUGGAAAGCAUUAGCGUCAUCGACACUCCAGGGAUCCUCUCCGGGGAGAAGCAGAGGAUCAGCCGAGGGUAUGACUUUGCAGCCGUCCUCGAGUGGUUUGCCGAGAGGGUGGACCGCAUCAUUCUGCUCUUUGAUGCCCACAAGCUGGACAUCUCUGACGAGUUCUCAGAAGUCAUCAAGGCCCUCAAAAACCAUGAGGACAAGAUGCGGGUGGUGCUGAACAAGGCCGACCAGAUCCAGACGCAGCAGCUGAUGCGGGUAUACGGGGCCCUCAUGUGGUCCCUGGGGAAGAUUGUGAACACCCCCGAGGUGAUCCGGGUCUACAUUGGCUCCUUCUGGUCCCACCCACUCCUCAUCCCUGACAACCGGAAGCUCUUCGAGGCUGAGGAGCAGGACCUAUUCAGGGACAUCCAGAGUCUGCCCCGAAACACAGCCCUGCGCAAGCUUAACGACCUCAUCAAGAGAGCCCGGCUGGCCAAGGUCCACGCCUAUAUCAUCAGCUCCCUGAAGAAGGAGAUGCCUUCAGUGUUUGGCAAGGACAACAAGAAGAAGGAGCUGGUGAACAACCUGGCUGAGAUUUAUGGCCGAAUAGAGCGGGAGCACCAGAUCUCACCUGGGGACUUCCCCAACCUGAAGCGGAUGCAGGAGCAGCUGCAGGCCCAGGACUUUAGUAAAUUCCAGCCGCUGAAGAGCAAGCUGCUGGAGGCGGUGGACGACAUGCUGGCCAACGACAUUGCCCAGCUCAUGGUACUGGUGCGCCAGGAGGAGUCCCAGAGGCCCAUCCAGAUGGUGAAAGGAGGAGCAUUCGAGGGCACCCAGCAAGGCCCCUUUGGGCAUGGCUACGGGGAAGGGGCUGGGGAGGGCAUCGAUGAUACUGAGUGGGUUGUGGCCAAGGACAAGCCCAUGUACGAUGAGAUCUUCUACACCCUGUCACCGGUGGAUGGCAAGAUCACGGGUGCUAAUGCCAAGAAGGAAAUGGUACGCUCCAAGCUUCCCAACAGUGUGCUGGGCAAGAUCUGGAAGUUGGCCGACAUCGACAAGGAUGGCAUGUUGGAUGACGAGGAGUUCGCGCUGGCCAACCACCUCAUCAAGGUCAAGCUGGAAGGGCACGAGCUGCCCAAUGAGCUGCCCGCCCACCUCCUGCCCCCAUCCAAGAGGAAACUUGCUGAGUGAUGGGGGUGGGGGGAGGUUCAGACAGGCAGGUGUUAGAGGAGGAGCUGGGAGAAGUGACCACACAAACACACACAUGUGCACACAUGCAAACAUCUUGAUAAUUACAGCACUCCCCAUGUUUCCAGGCUGAUCCUUAUUUGGACACAUCUCCAAGUUCUUGGGGUUAGUGGAAAGAAAGAAGCACUCACACAUCCCAGGGUUCAAGCCCCAGUCUCCAUCCCUGUUUCCUUCCCAUCUUCCACACCCUAAUAGACCCAAGGCCUUUCACUGAGCACAGAUGCCUACCCACCCCAAACUCCCCAGUGCUUCCACACCAGGCUCUGAGCACCUGGAAAAGACUUUGCAUUUAAGAGGCAUUUCACUUUUUUCCUAUGUCUCCUCCCACUCUUUCACUUAGUAAUCUACUCAGGGGCUAGGAGAUAGGAAGACGGGGCGCUGCAGGGAGGUGGGGUGGGGAAAGACAACCCUCCAGAGAUAGUGGCCCAUGAGCUCUGCUCUUUGCCUAGUCUAACUAAGGCUCUGCUUUCCUCACCAAACCUGGCUUUGAACUCUGCCUGCACUUCAUUUCACAGAAUCCCAGAAGGUGACAGAGGAGAGAAAAAAUUGUUAGGACAGAGCAAAGAAACUGUCGUAGACUACUCAACACCAGUCCCAGUGGUUUUAGUUUAUACAUUUUCCUCUGGCCUGUGAUGUUUAGAUGUUCAUACUUGACUCAUAUUUCCUCAGCCCCUCCUGAGUGCCAGGAGCUGUUAGGCACUUUAUACACGUUAUUCCACAUGGCCCUCACUAUUGCCCCAGGAAAGUAUGCAUUAGUCUCCCCAUUUUGCAGAUGAGGAGGCUGAGAAUCCUCAGAAGAGUUUAGGUGACUUUCCCAAACUCACAGAGGUUAUGGGUGCUGGAGAGAGUAUUCAAAGCCAGGGCUUUAGACCGUCACGCCCUUCCCUGUGCUAUGAUGUGUGCAGAUCCCAGCAUUGCUACCAACGACAAGCACGUAGGCCCCCUCAUAAGCCUCCCAGAGCUCGUUGGCAAAGGGGAAGCUGGCCAGAAUUUGGUAGGGCAUCGGUCUGGCCAUCUGUCACAGCACAGAAGCAAGCCGUGCCUUCUGGCUAAGCACCCCAUAUUCCUGACAUCACAGAAGUCCAGCAGGGCCAGCAGGAGAGUGGGAUAGUCUGCUGGAGACGGUCCCUGCUCCGCCUCUCACGUGGCAGCCUGAAUCAUCCCAACUCACAUGCAGCCACCAGCUCUUUUAUCAAGUGGACUUCUCAGAAGGCAUUGAGAAGUCUGGAUCUAGCUUCCGCAGGGUCCCUGGGACACUCUUCAGGGUCCCUGGCAGAUCCCCGCCAUACUCUGUGCCCUUCUUCCCUCAUGGUCCCCAUCCACCCAGCUUGCUUCAUCGCCACUGAAUCAGUCACUUCGUAUGCUAUGCCGUGAUGGCAAACAAAACAAGGAUAAGUUAUUUUAUAUCUAUGUUCAGACUAUAUAGAAGACAUUCUGUAUAUCUAUGAUGUGCUUACUACUGCAAUGCAUUUGUCAUUAGAGUUCAUGUUAAUAAAGUACAUUUAUUCUUUGG